GCCUUUGUGUGUUCAACAGCUGCAUUUUCAGAGUAGAAUGGCGACCGCUCUAUGUGGUCUGCAGGCCAACGGCAGUAACAGCAAACAGGCGAGAGCUCGUCGAGAACACCGGCGGAAAGUGAAGGACUCCCGUAGGAGACAGGCUGCUAUUUUAUUCCUCAGCAAUAUUUCUCUCGAUGGGAGACCUCCGUGUCACCCUACCGCUGGAAAUGCCGACCAAAGACCCGGUGAGGAGGCUGGACUCAGCGACGGAGACGUAUGCGCCGCUCCAGAGCUCCCCGGGGCCGAUAGUGAAGGUCCAGUCAAGAAGGUGACGGACCCCCCAGCGGAACCCGUUGGCGGCUCGUCCUCCAGUUUCCCCGGGGUGCUCGGUCCGGUCCGGCCUUCCAUGGUAACGUCUCCUGGGCCACCUACCGCCAAUUCUGUGGGACCCAAUGAGGUAUUUUUAGAGAGCUCCAGCGUAGCGGAGACGCAGUUUCCGGGUACCCCGCUGUCUCCUGUCACAGCGGGACACCAGCCUUGCUCCCGGGCCAAAUCAACGCCCGCCGUUCUAAGCCCGACUCCGGCAGGAAACUCUCUGGAUUCCCGGCAGAGACAGAGGAACGGUUCUGGUUCUCCUGGACCCAAGGUGCCAAAGAAAGUCCACUUCAUCAAGAGCAUGAGGCAAUAUGAUACAAGAGGAAGCAGGAUCACGCUGAUUUGUGCCAAGCGGUCGCUUUAUGCUGCUUUCUCAGUGCUGCCCUAUGGAGAAAGUGCUAAUCUCAGUGAUCCGAAGCUGGACGCUCAGAGACAAAGAUUAUCUUCUGUUGUUGCUGCUGAUCUGCUGCCUUCCCUGGAAGGUGUGGAGCUGGGUGCCAUUGGAAAGACGGUGUCCUACGCUCAGUUUCUCUACCCAACAAACGCACUGGUCAGACAGAAGAGCAGCACUGUGCUGGACAGCAGCACCGUUCAGACCCCUCAGUGUCGUUUCCGUGCCAACGGGCAAAAAGGCUUUACCCCGGCUCGUCCAAACAGCGGCACAGCACAAGACUCCUGUAUGAACACAUAUAUAGAGGAGGUGGCGGAUUAUGACCCGAACCUUCUCAGUGAUCCUUGUUGGCCUUGUGGGAGACAUAAGAGGGUCCUUAUAUUUGCAUCAUAUGUGGUAAGCAGAGCACAUAGAAAUGAUCCAGGGCAUCUGUUGCUUGACUAUUAUUUCAAACAAUAUCCAUUUAUCUGGUACGAGCCACAGCAGAGAUUAAAAAUGUUUCUCCCUGUUUUUUUUCUCCUCUCCGAUGAGCAGAAGCUGGAGGAGCGUUUCCGGAUAAACAGACGGGAGCUGAUUCCUCUGGAGUUCUCCGUUCUGGUGGCUUUGGAGAUGGGACUGUACCUCCCAGAGAGCAAGGUCAUGCCCCACUACCGCAGACUGGUGCAGCAGGGUUAGACUGGAUGCUGUAGCGGAUCGAUCACCUUUAUAAGCUGUGGUGUUUGAAUUAAAUACUUCUGGUACUAUUUAUUUUCACUGUAAAUGUGAGAGGGGGGAAAAAAAAAUAGUUUACAUUCUAUGUCAAACACUGUAGGUCGUUAGCGUCUCCGAAUGUCUUUUUGUAUGUGAUCCACUCAUGAGCUCUAUGUUAGAGACGUUUUAAAUCAAUCAGCACAUUUAAUGUGCUUUUAACUGUUUUCUCUUCUGAUGUAUCUUUUUAAAGCACCAUAAUGAUCUUAACUUGUACAGAGUUAGUUGUGAUUUGUGUGUUUUCUAGAGGAAAACGGAUGUUUCUGCACAUUUUUAUUCUACAGACUCUGUAUUUAUUUUAACUGAUGAAAAACAAAGAAAAAAAAGAACCAGGGUAGAUUUUGUAAAAUGGCUUUCCGGCACUGUGACGCCUCUUUAGCUGUGGGAACGAGAGUCUAGGCUAAGAAGUGGCCUUUAAUUUAUCCAUCUUUGUUUUAUCGUGUCUCACAGCGAUCCAGUCUGAUCCACAUAUUUAUACUGAAAGCAAGAGAUUAUUGAGACUCUUAUGGCAGCUCUGAGUCUGGUGUUUGCUGUGCUCCUGUGCCGUGUUUAUCACUGUGGUGUUACAU